CCCCGGGUGCUGAGUCCCAUCCACAGCACCAUGAAGACCCUGGUGGCCUUGCUGUCGCUCUUGCUUCUGGAGCUGCAGGUCCCGCUUGGGGCCGGGUGGACCUACACAGAGGGGAGCCUGGAUGAGUCUCAAUGGACCAGUGAGUACCCCAACUGUGCCGGUAAGAGGCAGUCACCUAUCAACGUACGGCAAAGCAAUGUCAAGUUCAACCCCAAGCUGGAGCCCCUGACCUUGGAGGGCUACAAGACGCAGCAGGGCCAGUUCGAAAUGAUCAAUAAUGGCCACACAGUGCAAAUCUCACUGCCCAAGAACAUGCACCUGAAGACCCCCAGCGGUCAUAAGUACAUAGCCCAGCAGAUGCAUUUCCACUGGGGUGGCGCAUCCUCAGAGAUCAGCGGCUCUGAGCACACAGUGGAUGGCAGGAGGCACGUGGCUGAGCUGCACGUGGUUUCCUACAACGCAAAAUACACGAGUUUCCAGGAGGCCCAAAAUGCCCCCGAUGGGCUGUUGGUGCUGGCCGCGCUCUUCGAGGUCAAGGAAUACAGUGAAAACACGUAUUACAGUGACUUUAUCAAUCAUCUGAAGUACAUCAAGUACCCAGGACAAAGCACCAUUCUGAACAGCAUUGAUGUCAGGGACAUGCUGCCCCAGAACGUUUGGCACUACUACACCUACCAGGGCUCGCUCACCACCCCUCCCUGCACCGAGAACGUGCUCUGGUUCCUGCUCAAAGACCCCAUCAUUAUCUCCAGAGCCCAGAUCGAGAAGCUGGAGAAUUCCUUGCUGGAUUCUCAAAACCAGACCCUGCACAAUGAUUACCGCAAGACCCAACCUCUGAAUGGAAGGAUUGUGGAAUCCAACUUCUAUCCCUUGGCUCAUCCCUCACGUAAGACGCUCUUGUUUAUGGAACCCAUAAACCAGCUGCUGCAGAAUCUGCCUGAGAUCCACAGACAGACCUACAGAUCGGGUCCUUCAGUGAGCUUAAUAGGCAUCAAAACCCUGGAUGCAAUCACCAGCUAA